AAUCGGCUGAUGCUUUUUUCAACUAUUUUAAAAAUGCGUUAGCAUUUCUCUUAGGAACAAACAUGGCUGAAUUGAGCAAUUUCACAUCUGAUAAUCUGUUAGCAACUCACAUAUAAAAAGCUUCAGUUUAUAUAUUUUGGUGUGGAAAAUCAUCUUUCUUCCUCUUCAUUAUGCCUACAUGAAAAGGGGCUGAUUUACAUUAAAAGCUGUUGAUAUAGAGUAUGGGAUAUUUCAGCCUCAUGGACAGUCUAGCGCAAUGAGCUCUGGAUAUUUUCCUCACAACCUUUGCAGAAUUUUGUCAUCUUGCUAGUACAGCCUCUCCAACACCAUAAGAGAUGUGUAAAUAGGGUGUGUUUGACAGAAGCAGGGUAAAAAUAAUAGGGCUUAAUGCAAAUAAAACCAAUGAUCCAGGAAAAGAGACUCAGUGAAGGUCUAUAAAGUCAGGACUAAUUCACAGAUGACAAACAAGAGACUAGUUCACAGUGACUCCUGUUCUAUAAACUGUCCCCCAGAAAAUUUUAAAAUUUUAUCACAGCUGCUACUAAUACAAUAAUAAUCUCCUAAAGCAUUUUUUCUUCCCAUCAGGACUCUGCAAUUUAUAAUGAAAAUAUUCUCAUUACCACAGGUAACUACAAAAAUAAAGGCCAUAAGCACUGUUUCACUGACAUUGUUUCAUGACAGCUUAACUCAGCCUUCCACUGCAUUUCUUUACAACUGUCACAUGUUUUCUUUGCAGAUCAAGGACAUUGAAGUCCUCAAUUGUGAAUAUGGCAAGAAUACAAUUAAGUUCCUUCGCCUUCAUAGAGAGGGAAAGAAGCAUUUCGUUAAAGAAGUGGAAGUGUGUGCACAUCUCCGGCUGACUUCUCCCCAGGAGUACCUGGAAGGAAACAAUUCUCAUGUGAUACCUACAGACACCAUAAAGAAUAUUGUCCUUGUGUUGGCCAAAAAAAAUGGGAUCCCAAGUUUAGAACAAUUUGCUAUAGAUAUCUGCAAUCACUUCAUGACAACAUUUUGCCAAGUGGCGUACGUCAAAACCUACGUUCAAGAAGUACCAUGGCAACGUCUGCAUGAGGAUGGCGUUCCCCACAUCCACUCAUUCAUAUGUGUUCCUGAUGGGAUUCGCUUUUGUGAAGCUGAGCAGUGCCGGAAUGGUCCUCUGGUUGUCUUUGCUGGAAUUAAGGACCUGAAGCUUAUGAAGACAACGCAGUCUGGAUUUGAAGGCUUCUAUAAGAAUGAACACACCACACUUCCUGAAAGGCAUGACAGGAUUCUGUGUGGAGAGCUCUUCUGCAAGUGGUCAUACGGCGAAUGCAAGGAUUUUGACUUUGACUGCAUAUGGAAGAAAAUCCGUGAAUGUAUCCUUGAAGCCUUUGCCGGACCACCUGACUGUGGGGAAUAUUCACCCUCUUACCAGAAAACUGUCAACUGUAUCCAGAUGCUUGUUCUUUCCAGAGUGUCACAGGUACAGGUCAUAGAAGUCGUCUUGAACAACACUUUUUAUAAUGUUGUAGACAUGAAGAAUCUAGGCUUGAACAAUGACAAAGAAGUUUUGGUUCCAGUGGAAGCUCCUUAUGGUUCCUGUGCUUGCACACUUGGCCGGAAGAAGUUUUUUGAAGCACAAGGCCACAUGCUGAGAGAUGAGAGGAAAUGUCAGUUUGGACUGGCAGCUGCCCAGGGAAACUAAACCUCUUGGCUAUACUCAACCUUCCUGAUAAACUUAAUAGCAUGGCUUUCCUAUCAAUGUUUACUCCUUAUUGGCCUCUUCCAUUGCUGGCUACUUUUCCCUCUAUGAACUCCUGAACAUGGGACAUAUGAAGGACCCUCAGGAAAUUGGAACUCAAAGCCUGUCCCUGAAUUCCAGUGUGAUUUGCAGACUGAAGUACCCUAAGCUCUUUGGAAAAUCCCAGCUGGAAAUAUUAUAGUAAAUUAAUUUUAAACUAGCUAUUCCCAGACCCUUUAAUGAAGCAAUUAAUUUGAUGUCUGUAGCAUGCUUUUGACAUGUAAAAGCAGGAAAUCUCUGUAUUCUCUUUAUUACUAUUUCUUCAGUAAAAUGACUAUACAGACACGAGACCUGCUGUUUCAUCGGCAUAACCUGUCAUGACCUUGAUGCCACACUGAUCUACAGAGCUGAGGUUCUGAUCCAGUGACUGAACAUGGAAUCAGUCAGAAUCAGGAUUUCCCUGUGCAGGAAAUGAGAAACAGAAAGAAAAAAAAAGCAUAUCUCAUAUUUCCUUUGUGAUGUGAAUAGUUAACAGCUGUUGACUACUUUCUCUGCAUGUACUCUGACUGCAGGUCUGCUGCUGCUACUCACCAGAAUAUAGUUACUGUAGUACUUUCACAUUAAUCACAGGUGAUUUGAGGGUUUGGGCUAUCUCUGAAGGUUUAAUUAAAUAGUUUUCUUUAGUCUAAUAAUCUUAUCAUGACUUCCGAGCAGGCAGGAGUCAACCUAUGUAGCCCUAUUUCAUUUGGGAGGGGUAGGGAGAAAACUAGACAGAUAAUGUUUAUUUCACUUUAGUUACCCCAGGUGAUAGUUUUGAACAUUGAGAUAAAACAAUACAGUUAGUGAUUCUCAUCUCACAAACUGUGGCUAUCACAUUUGCAACAGGAAACCUGCUCAGCUUUCAACAGCUCCUAACCCUGGCUCCUAACCCUGAUUUUCUCCAAGUGUCAUUUCACAGACUCUAUUUGACAGAGUACAAAUCGAAUGGCGAGUGCCCAAAGUAACUUCUAAGAACUGCAGUUAAGUUGCCUUUGUGCCUCCAGAGUUUGGCAGACAUGCAGCAUUGCUCUGGGUACAAUCAUUAAAUUCAUAGGCACCAAAAAUGGGGGAGAUGUCCUGCUCUGUGUGACAUUUUGAGGUGUUUUGCGUGAUAGAAACUUGCCUUGAUGAGCAGGGAAUAACAGAUGCAAGGGAAGAAUGGUCCACCAGCCUGAGCUAUCUCCUGAACACAGGGAAAAUGACACCAUGGAAUGAAGCUGCCCCAGCUAUCAUGUUCUCUGGUCACCAGCCAAUUCUGAAAGCUUUAUUUACAACACUUCUAUCUUUUCCUGGGGAUGUUCUCUCUUACCUUCUUAGAUUGUUUUGUAUUGUACUUGCGGGCUUAUGUCUUGCUACUUCUGUCACUUCUAGGUGCUUUUAAUUUAUUAAUGUAUCUUUUAAAGGCAAAUAAAGAGCAACAUGAAAAAACAAACUAGCUUUUGACUAUUUACUACUUAAAUAUAAAAGUGAACAUUGUAAGUAAAAGAACUACUUGAAUUAAUCCAAUUUCACCUCAAAAAGUGACUGAUCUUCCAAAUGACACUUCACUGCCAAUAGAUGAAAAAGAAUCUUACUGCACAUUUCAGCAUUUACCUCUUUCUGAAACAAGGCAGAUCUGCACAACCUUUCUACCUUUUAAGAAAUUUAUUGCAUUAGGCACAAGGUUUCUUUUCAUUACUCUUAGUGCUUCAUUUGUAGCCCUGCAAGGUAGUGGUGGACUAACCUCCGUGGCAGAAUAAGGAAGGACACAAAGCAGUGAGCAGUUGUUUACUGAGCCUUUCCUGUGGCAGCAAGCACACAUGUACACUCAUUCAGUGUGGUUUGUAUAAACCUCCACAGACACACAGACAUUCAGUCUUUAGAGCAUCUCAGUGCAGCUCUAUCCAGCACUGCAAACCUGAGUCAUUUAUGUGGGCAGAUUGCUUCUAAAGAAAGUACUUAGGCAAUCGGAAGCAGCCCAAAUUUCCCAUAUGGUAACUAGAAUAAGACAACAGUGGCAUAAAUCAUUCUUGAAAAUGUGAGUUAGCCAGACUCACUUGGGUCUGAAAUCUGACUGAAUUCCCAUUGGCUUCAUUAGGUUCAGUCUCCACAAUGGACUUGCAUUAAUUUCACUGAGACAGAUGUUUUUUUCAGUUCCUAUCCUAAGGAGUUAUUCAAGUUGCUUACUGUGCUUUACUCAGAGGCAGCUGUGAUGCUUUGGUGAUGACAUCACACUUGAUGAAAAUGAGCAGCAGCUAGCAGACUGUAAAACUGCAGUUUAAAAUACAACUUCUUGCCGAUAACAUGAACCUUCCUGGUCCUGGGCUACAUCCCAGUAGUUCAUAGGGACUGAAGGCUCCUACCAAGAAACAGUAUUUCAAGUGCAUAAACGUUAUCUUUUUAGUCUUUGAUUCUUUCCCAUCCUGUUUCUUUUCAACUCCGGUAACUGCCAAGACAGUGCAACACAGCCCACCUCAGCUGCCCAUCAUGCUCCAUGGACAACCAAUGUCAUACAGAUAAAAUGUACCAGCUAAAUUCAUCAGCAAAUACCUAAAAGAGAGUAGAUGUCACUGCCAGGACCACCACAAGUCAUCUGUCUUCCCUGACUGUUUUAUUCCAUAUAUAAGGCUACCUGCUUUCCAAUAUACAUUUAAAUCUGUUAGUUUUUAUUAACUAUUAUGGCUACUUUUUUUGUUUUCCUUCCUUAAAGUUGUCUUUUUCCUUUCUUAAUUUCACCUUGCUUUUGUCAAGAGUACAUAAUCCUGACUCUAAGUUGAGCUGAGCUACUUAAAGUGACCAAAGAACUGUUUCUGGGUAAAAAAAAUCUAAAAAAAAAUACUUCUGAAUUUAGAAUUCUGCUAUUUUUAUACAUACAGCAGUCAACCAUAUCCCUCCUGGAAAGUGCACAGCUGUAUCUAGAAAGGAAACACAUUAAAUGUUCCUAGUUAUUGGAUCAAAAAUGUCAAGUCACAUGUCAGCUAUAAUAUGUUUUCUGAGAGCUUCACCCUUCAUAGCAGACUGAGAAAGACACACGUGUGUGUAUAAAAUACAUACAUAAAUGACACUUACUAGAUCAGCUGAUGUAUGACUAAUCUAGGGCAAUCACAUCAGAAAAAAACAUGAUCUGGGGGUUGUUGUUGCUAGAAAAAAAAAACAACCCAAACAAUACCGGAGGGACUCAAAAUUAGGUAAAUGAGGGUGUAGAGAAACCUUUGAUUCAAAGGGAAAUAAAACAGAAACCAUAGUGCCUGAGUACUGUGGAGGGCUUCUGCCACUUCUCAAGUCUGGCAUUAGGAAUUAAUUUCUACAUGACAUCUGACUGAAAAAGACAAGACCUCAAGUUUUAAUGGCCUCAUACUCCUGCAACAUUUUCAAAUCCUCUAGACACACAUAUUUCCAGGUAGGAAAGCCCAGGCAAACUGGCAUGUGUUAUUUAUGCAGAAGGGAGGAGGAAAUGUGAAGAGCGUCCUUGUGAAAUACGGUUGCUACAUCCAGGCACACACCCAUUUCCACACUUCUCUCCCCACAGUUUGGCCACCAGCUUGUGAACAAACAGCCACAAGUUCCUUACCUAGACUUCCUUCCUCCUUCCACCAGGACAAGACAAAAAAUUGUUACUCUUGAAUCCAAAAGUCAGUGCAAAUGAUGAGCCUUCCCUCCUUUUUCUGAUAAAAUUUAGCUGCUAAUUUCAGAGGCAUCCUCAAUAUAGUAAAUACCAAAGAGUGCACUUUAUAGAGGGGCAGCUGGAUUACAGCAAUCAUCCAAAAAAGGGAAGAGAACAUCCUGAGAUGAAUGCAAGUCUGCCAAUGCCAAGGCAUUUGCUGCUGCCUUAUCAGCAGAUCAGCUGAUGAUACAGCAGUUGUAACUGCUCCUUCAGCAAGGAUGCUCACGAGUGCAGCAUAUAAACAUAACAGUGGU